UGUUUACAUUUUUCAGUUUUCACGCAUUGUUCAUUUUCGUUUAUGAUUUCUCAGCAAAUGUAAAUGAAAUAAUUUUCAAACUCAGUAUUCAAUUAUUUUAGCAUUAUUAGUUUUCUAUUUAUUUAAUAUUUUAUGGGUUUAAAAAGUCCUGAGCAUAUAACGGAUUACAUGAUGGACAGCAACGAAGAAGAUGAAGAUGAAAUGCUUCAAGAAUUAUUCUUAGCUGGUAAAUUGAAACCUGGUCUUAACAUUCCCGUUGAAAAGAAAAUCUUUGUGAACGAUGUCGAAAAAUUGAAAUCAAAACUGAACUCUAUCAAAACAGAUUUACCAUGGAUGGAAAGAUUUGAUAUCAUCAAUGAACAGGCUGAAUUAGCUCCAGAGUUGAGUGUUGAGUUGAAAGAGCAAGAAGAAUUCGUCAAAACAGGACGUUCUGAUAAUCUAGCAUUAAAUGAGUUUAAAAGAGAAACUAUGUUUCAUCGACAAGCUCAGUUGGCUGCUAUGGAAGGUUUAGCUCGAGUCAAAGCCCAAGGUAUACCUACCAUAAGACCGAAUGACUAUUUUGCAGAAAUGAUGAAAACCGACGAACAUAUGCAAAAAGUUAGGCAUUCGUUAUUGGAGAAACAAGCUGGUUUAGAACGUAGUGAAAAAGUUAAGAAAAUGAGAACAGAAAGAAAAUUAGCAAAGAAGAAACAAGUAGAGAGUACUUUACGUAAGCAAAAGGAUAAGCGCGAAUUAAUGGAAAAUAUCAAAAAAUACCGAAAAGGAAUGCGAACUGAUCUUGAUUUCCUGGAGAAUAAAUCGCAACAAGAUAAUCCUUCGAGAAAGGUGAAUAAAAAACGACAGAUGAAAAACGAAAAAUUUGGCUUCGGCGGUAAGAAAGGCAAGUUCAAGAAUAAUAACAUCGAUAGUAAACCAAAAAAUAAACGACCAGGAAAAUCAAGAAGAAAUAAAAUGAAGAAAAAGUAAUUACCAUUUUCCUAUCCGAUGUUUGUUUGAUUGUCAAAUGGCAAUAUAGUAAUUGUUAUAAAUUUCAUCCAUUUUUAAA